AUGUCAUCCUCCAAUUGCGUACUACCUAAUUUACCAAAUAACCGACAUCCUGCAGUACCUCGUUUAAAUUUACCAUCAACCUCUAAUGAUUUACCAAGAUCAGAAUCAAUUACAACAACUCCUAAUUUUCCAUCAGCUUCAACUUCACCUUAUCAAAUAAAUCCUUAUCAUCCAGAUAUGUUUUCUUUUCCAAGACGGUUUUCAACCAAUAGUGUUGGAUCUUUAUUACCGUUACAAAGACAGAUCCGUUUAGAUACUCCACAAGUAUUCAACACAAUAGAAAAUAUAUCAAACGAAAUGAAUAGAAGACCAAGUAACGCAAAUAUCGAUAGUACAGAUUUAAUUGAUAUGAGAUCUAUUGAUGAAUUAUCUAUUCUUGAUACAUUUGAUCCAUUGAUGCAGCCUAUUCAAUCUCCAGUUUCACCACCUAUUGUUUCACCUGAUAUUCCCAUACCAUCUCCUACUACUUUAUUUCCAUAUCCAAUUAAAUUACGAUUAAAAUUAACAGCCUGCUCUGAAAUGAAACCAUUCAGUCAACUCGUUGAACGUAUACGAAAUGAAUGUCAAUCUAAACAGUCAUCCAUAGAUGAAAUAGUUUAUUGUAAACGUGUAAAACGUUUAACAUCUCAACAUAUCGAACGAAAUCAACUAUUUGUAACAAUACAUAUUUUUACCGAUGGUUCUAAAGAACCAGUACGUUUACCAAAAGUAUAUUUACAAGUAACAGUUGCAAGUAUUAUGUCACAAUUACAUGAAAUACAACCAUUUGAUUAUGAACAAUCAAUAUUUAAAUUACGAUCUUAUGAGGAAUAUCUAUGUAAUGACGAUGCUCUAUGUGAUAUUGAAUAUGUUUAUAAUUGUAUUAAUUCUUUAAAACCAUUACAAAUUUUACUUGUUAAAAAACCAAUUAUAACAUAUGAAAAAAAACAUGAUCAAAUAAGUUUUGAACAAUUUUAUUUAAAUCAACAUGAAAAAUAUUUUCAAACAAUUAAACAAACAAAAUUCACAAAAACAUCAAAUAAAAAUAAACAAAGUAAAUCGUCAGAUCAAGUACGUUUAUUUGAUUCACAUUGGAUUGAAGAAUUUCGACAAAAUAUUAAUACAAAAUUUGAACAAAUUGAACAAUGUAUUAAUCAUUUAAUCAAUCCAAAUCUACCAUUAUUAUCAAUCGAUGAACAAAUUAAAUCGAUUCAGGAGUUAAUAAAUUAUAUUAAAACUAUACAAAUCACAUGUUCAGACAUUCAAUCACCAUUAAUUAUUGAUAAACAACGAGAAUUAAAAACUUAUAUUAAUGAACUAAUAAGAAAAUCUUCAAAUGGAACAGAACGACAAGCAUUAGUUCGAUUACUCUUUGAUUCACUAUUGGCAAUUAUUAAGUAUAUUGAAACAUAUUGUCAAGCAUUCUUAAUUCCUUAUGAAGUGGAAAUUUAUAAUAAUGAACAUCAAUCAAUUGAUAUUGAACAAUUGAAAUCUUUGUUAUCAAUCACAGUUUCUAAUCCACGGUCAAUAGAAGAAUCCUCAGAAUUAUUUAGUGUUCAUAUUGAUAGUCUUUUUUCUUUACCAUCAAAUGUUAAAACAGUUCGGAUUUCUGCUCGUCUUUGUUAUGGAAAUCAAACAAGAUCAAAACAAAUGACAAGACUAAUGUCAUUUGUACGUAAUGCUUCACAAGAAAAUUCUCCUCAAAUUCAUUUCGAUCAACGACUUACAUUUGAUAGGGCAUAUCUAUGUGGAUUACAACGUGAAGCAUUAAUUUUAUUUGAAAUUUAUGCAAGUUUUUUUGAUGAAACUGAUUCAUCAUUAUCACCAUUAGUUUAUUUAUUUGAUGGACUUCCGAUGCGUCUUAUUGGUUGGUGUUCACAAACAAUUUUUGAUCAUGAACAUCGUCUAAUCAAUGGUGAACGUUACUUAGGUAUAAUUGAUGCUACAACAACAAAUCGAACUGGUUUUUAUUCAUUACGAAAUGUAUCUGAUCGUGAUUGUCCAAUAUUAACAAUAUCAUUUGAUAAUCAAGCAUUCUGCUCUCCAAAUAUUCAACCUAGAAAUGAUAUACAAGCGAAAAGUUUUACAGAAAUUAAUCAAGAUAAACAAGCAUCUUUAUGUCGUUUACUUGAUCGACCAAGCUUAUUAUUAGUUGAUCAUAGUGCAAUAAUAAUAAAUGAAUCAUCUGUUGAAAAUCGAAAACAACAAUCAUCUACAAAUAUAUUAGAUGAAGAUCGUGAAUUUUCCGAUGAUGAAUGUCAUUUUCUUUGGUCACAUCGUCAUUUUAUGAUUCAUAAACCAUAUGCCCUACCAAAAUUACUUAAAUCUCGUUCUGUUUGGGAUUAUCCAAGUUUAAUUGAUAUCUAUGCUCUUCUCAAUGAAAUAAACCAUCAUCGUAUAGUCGAUGAAAUUGAAUCAUUUGAACUUCUUUUACCUACUUUUCCUGAUAUGUAUGUACGUUCAUUUGCAUAUCGUUCAUUAAUAUCCCGUAUAAAUUCUCAAGAUCUUAUGAUUUAUCUUCCACAACUUUUACAAAUAAUUAAGUUUGAUUACAAUUAUUCAUCACCCAUAAUUGAAUAUUUGCUUCAACAAUGUAUCAAUGAUUAUAGUUUAGCACAUAAAUUAUAUUGGUAUUUACGACAAUUAUUUCUAACAGAAAAUAUUCAUUUUAUACGUUAUUAUUAUAUAUUUAUAUCAUUACUUUAUGUAAUGAAUGAACAGUUUCAUGCUGAAUUACAAAAUGAAUAUGAUUUAUGUGUAAAUUUAAAAAGAAUUGGUGAUGAAAUAAAAAGUAGUAAAUUAAAUCGUAGAUAUUAUUUAGUUGAACAAUUGAAAGAAUUAAAUAAUGAAUUUUUUCAAUCAGGUAAACGUAUAUGUCGUUUACCGUGUCAAUUUAAUUUUAAAACUAAUGAUAUUGAUAUCCAUUCUUGUUCGAUAUUUACUUCUUUAACAUCACCAAUAAAACUUGUUUUUAAUUCGAUUGAAACUUUCGGUGAAAAUUAUCAAGCAAUAUAUAAAAUUGGAGAUGAUUUACGACAAGAUCAGGCUGUUUUACAGUUAUUAUCUUGUAUGGAUAAAAUAUGGCAAUCAAAUGAUUUUGAUUUUCGUUUAAGUUUAUUUAAUGUUGUACAAACACAAGAAUGUUGUGGUUUUGUUGAAAUGAUUACAGACAGUGAAACUUUGCUUGAAAUAGAAAAACCAUUAGGAGCAAUCAAAGGUUCAUUUAGUGAAUCAGCUUUAUAUGAUUGGUUACGUAAAUAUAAUACAAUAGAAAGAGAUUUUCAAAUAGCUGUCGAUAAUUUAACAUAUUCAUGUGCUGGUUAUUGUGUAGCAACAUAUAUAUUAGGUAUUGGUGAUCGACAUAAUGAGAAUAUAAUGGUGAAAAAAUCUGGACAUUUAUUUCAUAUUGAUUUUGGAAAAUAUCUUGGUGAUAAUCAAAAAUUUGGUUGGUUUAAUCGUGAUCGUACACCAUUUAUAUUCACAAAACAAAUGCUAUAUGCAAUGUCUGAUGGUGGUACAUCAAAUGAUGCAAUGCAUCGUUUUAUUGAUUUAUGUUGUAAUGCAUUUCAUACUCUACGACAAAAUUCUUCUUUACUUUUACUUCUUCUCUCACAUCUAUGUUCAUCAAAUGUACCUAAGCUAAAUUCGGAUGCUGUUCUUUUUGUUUAUGAUCGUUUAGCACCAACAUUAAAUUAUGCUGAAAGUAUAACACAUUUUACAAAUCUUAUCGUUGAUAGCCUAAAUUCAACAUGGCCAAAAUGGAAUGGUUUUUUACAUAAAAUGAAUCAACCAUUAAGUUCAUCAAAUUCUAUACCAAAUAGUCCAUUAUCACCAUGCAUCAUAAGUACAUAUACAAUAGCUGUUGAUGGAAAAAUUCAAUCAGCACAAGUUGUUAAGUAUGAAAAACGAACACAACCAUCUAAACAUUAUUUAUAUAAAUUAAAAGUUGAACGUAUAAAUACAACAUAUCAUUACCGUACAUAUAAUGAAAUUUAUGAAUUUUAUGAACGUUUAAUUAAACAAUUUCCAUUAAUUGGUCUUCAGUUAAAAUAUUCUCGAGUAACAGAAGAUAGAAUUAUAGUUAAAAGACAUGCUAGUGAUAUCAAUGAAUUUUUUGAAAAUUUAUUUCGUUUAACAAGUGAUAUUACUGAGUCUGAUCUUGUUUGUUCAUUUUUUUAUUUGACACAACGAGAUCAACAAAUAAAUGAAGUAAAAGAAAAAUCUAACGAUGAACUUUCUCCUCGUUCACCACAUGAUUUAUCUACAAAUAAUCAAUCAAAAAUUGGUAUACAAUUAAAAUAUGAUAGUGGAAAACUUUUUAUUAUGGUUCGUCAUGCUAGUAAUUUGCCGUUAGUUAAUGGAAAUGAACCAAGACCAUAUUGUAAAUGUUAUUUAAAUCCUGAUGAAACUAAAGCAACGAAACAGAAAGGAAAAAUUCAUUCUUCACGAGAUCCAGUAUUUAAUGAUACAUUUACAUACGAAAUGGAUCUAGCUGAAAUUCAAAAUCGUGUUCUACGUGUGGGCGUUUGGAAUCAUAUAUUAAAUAUUAGUAAUCAUGUCUUAGGUGAAGUUGAUAUAGUUUUAUCUGAAAUAGAUUGGUCAAAAGAACAUGCAUGUAAUUAUACAUUGUCAUCGCCUAAUGUAUAA